CCUGCCAGAUGGUGUCCGCAAAAGACCAGCAGGAGCCUCGCGUUGUACCAAAGGGGCAACGGAAUAGAAGUACAACUUUUAAUUUCAAAUAGUAGAUUUGGAAUUGGAACACGUCGUACUAAUUUAAAAUAUCAGAGCAACAUGUAAGUACGAAUCGCAAGUUCAGUCUAUUUUGGAGGCCCUUAAAACCCAAAGAACGUGAAGGAUCUAGAAGGACAGAAACAGAAAAGAAAGGUGUGAUACAGGAAGCCUCUUGCCAAGACUCCUUUGCUAUUUUGAUACCCGAGUUGUCUAGGGAUUUCGGAGGAGCUUAUGAGGAAAACAGUGCCUUGUGAAGACGACUGAGCAAGACCCAUAAAGGAGGAGAAGGGGAAGCUGAAAUAGCCAGCAGCAACCAUGAGAUCAAUCCGAUCAUUUGGGAAUGAUGACCGCCAUGUUAUGGCUAAGCACUCCACAAUUUACCCCUCAUCAGAAGAGCUUGAAGCAGUCCAGAACCUGGUUUCCACUGUCGAAUGUGCAUUGAAAAAUGUUUCAGACUGGCUGGACGAGAUCAACAAGAUACCACUUAAACGAGAAGGUGCUGAUGAGGAGAAGGAGAUUAAGAACGAGGACUCUGCUGAGAGCAACGCAAAUGAUCAGAGCUGUGGAACGUUGUGUGGUGUGCUGAGAAUUGGCCUGGUUGCUAAGGGUUUGCUGAUAAAGGCUGAUAUGGACCUGGAGCUGGUUCUCAUGUGCAGGGAGAAACCCACAGAGACCUUGUUAUGCACGGUCUGCGAUAAUCUUCCUGUACAAAUCCAGAAACUUACAGAAGAUAAAUACGAAGUGGAAAAAUGUUUAAACGAGGCUGCUAUCAUGGUCUGCAAUACAAAAGAUCCUAAAUUAACACUGAAAGUGAUUCUAACGUCACCGUGCUUGAGAGAAGACCUGGACAAGAAAGAAGGAGAAAGUGUUGCGCUGAAAGAUCCUGCGGACUUAUUGGACAGGCAGAAAUGCCUGAGCGCCUUGGCGUCUCUGCGACAUGCCAAAUGGUUUCAGGCAAGAGUUAAUGGAUUAAAAUCAUGCGUAAUAGUACUCCGUAUUCUGCGUGAUUUGUGCAACAGACUGCCCACAUGGGAGCCAUUAAAAGGAUGGCCCCUUGAGCUCAUUUGUGAAAAGGCCUUAGCUACUUGUAAUAGACCGCUUGGAGCUGGUGAAGCCCUGCGUCGUGUCAUGGAGUGUAUAGCCUCUGGCAUUCUUCUUCCUGGUGGGCCUGGAUUACAUGAUCCAUGUGAAAAAGAACUAACGGAUACCCUGUCCAAAAUGACUGCACAGCAGGGAGAAGAUAUUACACAAAGUGCUCAGCAUGCAUUAAGACUAUUAGCCUUUGGGCAGAUUUAUAAGGUACUAGAAAUGGAUCCUCUGCCUAUAAAUAAACCUUCCCAGAAGUAUUCUUGGGCAGACAGAGAAGGUACAGCCCUUAAGAGACCGUAUGAAGAUGGAUCUGGGGAUGACAAAGAUCUUAUUAAAAAGAUGAAACGUAACAUAAGAAAAAUUCUUGACAGCAAAGCAAUAGAUACCAACCAGCCAAUGAAUGCUUUAAUGAGGCUGAAUCAAAUCCGACCUGGACUUCAGUACAAGCUCUUAUCACAGUCUGGUCCCGUUCAUGCACCUGUCUUCACAAUGUCUGUAGAUGUGGAUGGAACAGCAUACGAAGCCUCAGGGCCAUCCAAGAAAACCGCCAAACUUCAUGUAGCAGUAAAGGUUUUGCAGGCAAUGGGCUACCCAACUGGUUUUGACACAGAUAUGGAGAGUAUGAGCGCAGACGAAAAAUCGGACAGUGAAGGAAAAAAUGAGACUGUGCCUACAAACUCGAGCAAUAAUACAGCAAACUCCACAACAGACAGCUCCAAUACACUGGAGGUACGAACUCAGGGUCCUAUCCUUACUGCCAGUGGCAAAAACCCAGUCAUGGAACUGAAUGAAAAAAGAAGGGGUUUAAAAUAUGAGCUGAUUUCAGAGUCCGGUGGGAGUCACGACAAACGGUUUGUAAUGGAGGUGGAAGUAGAUGGACAGAAAUUCAAAGGAGCAGGGCCCAACAAGAAAGUGGCGAAGGCCAGCGCAGCUCUGGCUGCCCUUGACAAACUCUUUUCCGGACCGAAUGCAGCAGGCAUUAAGAAAAAGAAGAUUAUUCCACAGACUAAAGGGGCUGUAGCCACAGCGGCAUCUGUAGCUGCUCAGGUGGCAAGGGGGAGAGGGAGAGCGGCUCUGCCCAGGGGGGCCUUUGUCAGUGCUGCUGCUGCUCCAGGAUAUAUGACACCAGGUUACGGGACACCCUAUGGAUACAGUGCAGCAGCUGCCGCUCCUGCUUACGGUGGUUUUUUCAUUGACAAUCCCUUUUACCAGCCUCGGACCAUCGCACCUUUUAUUAUUCACUUGGGUCCUCAAGAUUUCUUCUCUGACUUCUAGAACCAUCAGGUUGUGUGUCUCAGAACCAAGUCUUUAUUCACUUGUCUUACCAGUCCUGACCUAAACGAAAAACAAACAAACAAUCAUAACUUCUUCAGGUCAUUAAACUGGCACAAAUGUAGACAACAGCUAUAUUUUAGCAUUUCCAUAAUGUAUAUCUCCCAUAAAAAAAGUUAAAGCAAUACUUAAUUUGACUUCCAGCUUAAUUUAAUGCUGAAUUCUCUUUGUUAUAUAGCAAUACUCUUGAAUUUUAGCUAAAGCUUACUUGAAACCAUGUGAAUGUUUUGAAUUCAAAGUCUGAUAGAGCACUAUUUAACUUGGAUUGUAUAUUGCCUAGUAUGUGUAUAUAGAAUUAUAUUUUUUGUCAGGAUUAACCACUUCAGUGCUGCAAUCUAUAUGUACCUAUACAUUAACGGGAUCGCUUUUGCUGCAGACUUUUAAAACCAUUUUAAUACGCCAUGACACUUACAUACAUGAAUGCAAUAACGCUAUACAAGAAAUGUAGAAUACAGAAUAUUCAGUUUUUUCUCUAGCAGAAGAGAUUAUUAAUGUUACAUCAACACAAGGGACAUCACUUUUUUCAUUAAAAAAAUGCAGAGAUUGAAAAAGGAAUACAUUUGAAACCAUUUUCUCAUAAAUCAAUGGUUGGUUUUUUUAAAUUUAUGAAUGUAUUUUAUUUGUCUACUACACUGAGCCUUUAAAUUCGUAAUAUUGCUCUUUUUAAAAAUGUAUUGAGCACAACACCCCCAGGCUGUACCUGCUGUAUUUUAUUGGUACAUGGGGGCUAUGUAAAUGCACAAUUUAAGGGAACAUUUUAACUAGAACAUUGAGUGUUCCUCCACCACCAAAAAGCACAUUUAUCAUCAGUAAGCACCUCUGGAUUUAUAUGUGACCCUUGCAUGAUACAUUCGUCUAGGUUUAAUAUUUUAUAAAUGCAAGCUUGUUUCAGUGUUUUGUACAAAAUAAAUCAGCUACAGGACAUGCUUUUAUAUAUUAGAUACAUGUGCUUCCCAAAAUACACAUAUCCUUAAAUAAGCCAGUUUC